AUGAAUUAUUAUAGAGUUGGAAAUUCUAACAUAAGACAUAUAGUGGUUAAAUCCCUGGAUAUUUCAUUGUUUAGAACUUCUAUCUUAAAUGGAAGAUUUUAUAGUUCGCAAAAUGUAUUAUUUAACAAAUCUAUCGGUACUACCACAUCAGCAAAUCAACAGCCUUCACAACAGCCACCAGAAAGAAAAAACCUUUUGUCUAAAAUUAAGGAAGGUGCAAAGCACUAUGUUGAUGGGACCAAAUUACUAGGUUACGAGAUUAAAGUAUCUACUGUUCUUCUAGGGAAACUUAUGAGUGGAUACGAAUUGACCCGUAGAGAAUCUAAUCAAUUGAAACGUACUAUGUCCGAUCUGUUUCGUUUAAUACCUUUCUCCGCCUUCGUUAUUAUCCCAUUUGCUGAAUUAUUUCUACCCAUAGCACUUAAGUUUUUCCCUAAUCUAUUGCCUUCAACAUACGAAUCAUCACAACAGAGAAAGAGAAAACAAUUGAAAUUGGUCGAAAUGAAACAGUUGAGUGCCAAAUAUAUUAAGGAUACAUGGAAACUGAACCAAGUUGAGAAAAAUAAAUCUAUCCUACCUGAUACUGUAACUGCACAAAACAAGGCUUUGUUUGAUGCAUUCUUCAAUAAAUUAUACAUGGGGAAAAGAAUUCCCUCAAUGGAUAUAUCUUUCACCACACAUGAAGUGAAAAAUGUGGCACUAUGGUUCAAGAAUGAUACCAUAUUGGAUAAUCUAUCGAGAGAUCAAUUAAUCGCUAUGGCUAAAUUUAUAUCGAUUACACCAUGGGGUAGUGAUAACAUGUUGCGUAUGCAGAUUAGACUGAAGUUGAAAAAUUUAAUUGAUGAUGAUAAAAGAUUGGAUUAUGAAACAGUGGCCUCUUUGACGCCUGAAGAGUUACACACGGCUUGUAUAUCUCGUGGUAUCAAAACUUUCGGUACACAGGUAACACAAGAUUCUUUGCGCCGCGAUUUAGACGCUUGGUUACAAUUAAGAUUGAAAGACCGUAUCCCUAGUGUAUUACUAAUUCUGUCCUCCACAUUCACCUUUAAUGCAGGCAGUAAAACACCAUGGCCGUACGAUAAUAUGACCGUUCAAUUGUCUGAGAAUGCAUCGAAUUCAAGAGUACUAUUUUAUUAUAACGCACUUCUACAAGUGUUGGCAUCAAUUCCUGAUCCUGUAUAUAAUAUGGCCAAAUUAGAUAUUCAUGAAAUUAUAACACCAAAGGGAGAUAAAGCCACAAGAUCACAAGAAGACCAAUUCAAAUUAAAGGCUUUAAAGGAACAAGAAGAGCUGAUUAAAAAAGAACAGCAAGAUGCACAAGUAAGAAAAGAUGUCAGUUUGCAUACAGAUCAACGUGCUGAUUCUGAAACAUCUUUAGAUGAUGAUGACAAUCAACGUACUUCUGUUGGAAAACAGUGA